AUGUCUCUCUUUGGAGGAGGAGAUGACAGUGGGCCGCCUUCGCCUAGCCAGGUGAGCGACUUCUCUAUCAGCACCAUUGGCGACCAUGAGGGGCAUCUGGCGCAUUCAGAAGGCUCGCCAGACACUGCCGCUGCCCACGACGAUCACAACGACAACGCCGAUGCUGGAGACGACGCUGAACGAGUCGCCGACGGUCAACUAGGAGAGUUGCAAGAUGACGGGAACAACAGAAGCCCGUCAGCAGUAUCUGAUGGCAGCGACGUCGAGAUUCGGCCCAAUCGCUUCCGAGGCUCAGACCGCGCAUGGCUACACCACACACAGGCCGAUCGCUCUCUUGCCCUCUCGCUCGACCAACUCAAUGCAAAUGACCUCAGCCUGCAUCUGUACAGCGCCCAUCAUCUGAAAGCUCGCUUGCGUCACCGACAAGCUCCCUCGUCCUUGUCUCGACCCUGGAUCCGAAAGAGUCGCUGGCUUGCCGACAACCAAGACCUACAGAAGCCCUGGUAUCCCGAGUCUGACUGGACUGCCUGGCCUCUUCCUCUGGCCUUCGUUCCUCUCGGUACUGAAUCUUUCGGUCGACCCAACGAUGGCUUCGAUACUUGGACUCUCCGUAGCGCCACGAGAUCUACCCCAGCCGACAAUCUGCGACAACAGCUGUAUGCUGUCACGUUGGCACGAGCACACGACCACUGGAAAUCUAGGAACCAACAGGCUUCUGAUUCGACUCCCGCCACCAACACAUCUACUGCUGUCCCUGUCCGCUACUCUCCAGUCAGACGAGGACGAACUCGCUCCGUGUCUGCUGGUCCGACUUCGUUCCCCUCUUCGCCAUCAGUGGGAGAUGACCUACCUCCGCUCUCAUCGCUAGAUCAGCCUGGCUUUGAUCAGGGAAACGCCAGUCACGCUGACUUGCCUGCGGAUAUAUCCAUCAAACCUGACACUGACGAGACCGAAGACAAGCGCUUUGCACGUCCCGUUUUUUCUGCCGACGACGAUCGUUCCCAUACCCUUCUCCGUCCUACCGUCAACCACAUCGUGUCAAAGCUUGACAGACUUCUCCUGGCCUUGCAUCAGAGCAGACAGACACAUGUACAGCGUCCCAGAGAUGGUGAUACCUCGGACUCUUCUGCAAGAUCAACCUCUCGAUCGCCUUCCACAAAGCCUCCAGCGAAGAGGUCCAGGAAGUCAUCUCAUUCUCGGACUGCUACUGGCAUCAGACGUAGUCGUCGUACAGACUCUGCUUCUCGUGCCUCCAGUCCAUUGGAUCUUGUAGUGUUCGAUGAUUCUGGUGAGGAUGAAACGUACGAGCCAGAAAAGCCCAGAAACAGGUCACGUUCCCCCAGCAACAGAGCAUCCUCACCAGAGUCGGACUCGCACAUCACAUCUCCGAGCGGCAAGAAACGACGCAACCCUCCCAGACCAGGCUUGAGAGAUUGGAGUGAGGUUUUGGGUAUGGCGAGCUUGAGUGGCUGGGAUCCUGCUGUGAUCGAAAGAGCUCGUAAUCGAUGUCGCGAGCUCUUUGGAGAAGACAUGCACCUGUAUACCCUGGCCGAACAUGAUGGUUCCUCUGCUGAUGAGGAUGAGCCUGUUAACCACGCCUCAAACUCUCGAUCGGCCCAGUCCGCAAGCUGGCGAUGCCCCUUGUCAAACUGCUUCCGUAACAUGCAACCCCUUGCACAUGGUUUUCGCUGGCGCGAGCAUAUGCGCAAGACACACAAGUACGAUAAUGACCAGAUCGCAGAGCUAGAAGAACAGUUGGUUCGUUCCGGCGACAUCGCUCCUGUCUUGAAACGUCAUCGCGUGCUGGCGCACAAUCCGCAAGGCUGGCAGCCUCCAAACCCGCUCAAGUGUGCGCACUGUCCUGCCUCAGGACAAAUUCAGUCCACCGUGAGCCGUCUGCUAGAGCACAUAAAAAGGGUCCACAAGUACGAUCCACGUACUCAAGAGCCGCCCGAACGUCUUUUGGACAAGGACGCUGGCCUAAGCGAAGACGAUACUCCUGGAAAGUCAAGCAGUUCUGGCGAAGAUAGCGAUGGCUACAUGGUGGGAGGAGUACACAACGAUGGAUUUCUACAGUCUGUGCUCCGACAUGCAGGCUCUAGGGGAAAGGACCUUGAACAAAGGGCAAAGAGAGCUAAUGCUAGACGCUCAAAAGCCGAGCUCAAGAACGCAAGGACGAGUAAAGCCAAACGAGGCGCAGAUGCGUUGAGUUGA